AUGCCGAACUACCUGUACCUGAUCUGGUACUCUCCACAGUUCGGCGGUCCCCGCCACUGGGGACUAUUUAUCGUUGGCUCCAGGGAGCCUGAGGCGUACGGGACGCUGUACCACUGUAUCACAGACCAGAAACGCAGCUACGCCUGCACGUUCUCCACCGACGUCCGCUAUGGCGUAGCGAUCAAGGGCCCUCGUAGCAAUCGCACCUACGAGGACCGCGUCCUCCUGGGCACAAUUGGCGAUGAUGUCAAGGUGAUGAUGACCGAGUACGCGGACGCCGCCACCCAGAUGGUGAACGAACACAACGUGACCCGGGGGCGCGCAGAGUCCAAUUGCCACGAUUGGGUUCUUCACAUUGUUCGGAGCUUGGAUAACUCGCAUCUGAUCGAGCAGGGGGCGCUGGGGAGGGCGGCGGCGUGUCCGCGGUGA